AUGGGGAACAUACUCUGCGGGAUUAUGGCCACAGAUAAGCUGGAUGCGUACACUGGAGGUCUCUACUCUGAGUACCAGGAGGAGGCCUCCAUCAACCACAUCGUGUCAGUGGCAGGAUGGGGAGUGGAAGACGAUGUCGAAUACUGGAUCGUACGCAACUCCUGGGGAGAGCCAUGGGGUGAAAAGGGCUGGCUCAGGAUCGUGACCAGUGCCUACAAGGGAGGAAGUGGCAGUAAGUACAACCUGGCAGUAGAGGAGGACUGCAUGUACGGAGACCCAAUCGUACCCAAGGACUACCUCUAGAGGAGCCCAGUGUCAGAUUGUCGGCAGACACUCCGAUGCCUUCCAAAGAAAAGCUUUUUGUGUUUUAAUGUUAAGAAGGGAAUAAGUUCAGGUUUGUCUUUUUUAAACCUAAAUCAUUAUCAGGGUCUUCCAGCUGAAUAUCAAACUGUUUAUGCCGAUUCAAACUGUCUGAUUACCACAGAGAGGUGUGCAGGCUGUUUUACAGAUUUAAACUUUUAAAGGGUUUUAUCAGAAAGAAGAAUGACGCAAGUUUUUGUUCUGCAGAAAAAUUCAGGCCAUGCAACAGUCACCACAGUAAAUAAAGAGGGUUUUUUGUAACCUACAGUAUUGAGACAGCAUAGGAAAGCUUUUAGUUUUAAUUUGUAAAUUCACAGUGAUUCAGCCAAAGAACACAACUAUCACACUUUCUGCUGCACUGCUCUGAUGCCGAAUGUUUGCAGUGUGUGGCAUUACUGCUACUGACAAUGUUGCACUACACAGGGAAGAAUGCAAACACUGAAAUAAACAUACUUUGUGUGCCUUUGUGUGCAGUUUGAGUCAAAUAUAGAUUCUUGUAAUUUGUUUUAUGAUGAACACUUUGUACCCAAAAUAUUUCAUUGUGACAGUUUGUUUUUAAACUGUACCAAUAAACACUUCAUCUGUC